UGCUACUACAACCAUGGCAAACCCAAAUGGAGGAGCCUCUACUACUUCUUACUUCCCACUCAUCCAUCAAUGCACGUCCACCGGACGGGAAAACGACACCGUUGUUUCCGACUUGGAUGGGACACUACUUUGUGGGCGAAGCUCCUUCCCUUACUUUGCCUUGGUCGCUUUUGAAGCGGGUGGCAUUUUGAGGCUCCUCUUUUUGCUUUUAGCCUCUCCCAUAGCCGGAAUUCUCUACUACUUCAUCUCCGAAGCUGCGGGAAUCGAAGUCUUGAUCUUCGCAACAUUUGUGGGAAUGAGGGUGUCGGACAUUGAGUCAGUAGCGCGUGCCGUACUGCCUAAGUUUUACUCCAAUGAUCUGCACCCGGAGGGGUGGCGCGUGUUCUCUUCGUGCGGGAAGAAGUGCGUGCUCACGGCCAAUCCGAGGAUCAUGGUGGAGGCAUUCUUGAAGGAGUAUUUGGGUGCGGAUGUUGUCAUUGGGACUGAGAUUGGUGUGUUUAAAGGUAGAGCUACUGGUUUUGUUAAGAGUCCAGGAAUUCUUGUGGGGAAGGAGAAGGCUACUGCCCUCAAGAAGGCUUUUGGGGAGACGUCGUGGCCGCCGGAGAUCGGGCUCGGUGAUAGAAAGACUGAUUAUCCAUUCAUGAAGUUGUGCAAGGAGAGUUACAUAGUUCCAGCCAACUCCGGAGUCCAGCCUAUUAGCCAAGACAAGCUACCAAAACCCAUAGUAUUCCACGAUGGCCGGCUAGUCCAGAAACCGACACCAAUCAUGGCACUCUUAACAAUCCUUUGGAUCCCCGUCGGGUUCCCAUUAGCCUGCCUUCGGAUCGCGGCUGGUUCUCUACUCCCAAUGCCAAUAGUAUACCAUGCCUUUUGGGCACUUGGUGUCCGUGUCUACAUCAAAGGCACCCCUCCACCACCAGCCAAAAAGUCCAUAAACCAAUCCGGAGUCCUCUUCAUUUGCUCUCAUAGAACCCUACUUGACCCUAUCUUCCUCUCCACCGCCCUUGGUCGCCCAAUCCCAGCCGUGACAUACUCCGUCUCCCGCCUCUCCGAAAUCAUCUCCCCCAUCAAAACUGUCCGCCUCACCCGAGACCGAGCCACGGACGCUUCCAUGAUCAAAAAAUUGCUUCAAGAAGGUGACCUAGUUAUUUGCCCUGAAGGAACAACUUGUAGGGAACCGUUCUUGCUUCGGUUUUCGGCCUUGUUUGCGGAAUUGACCGAUGAGCUUGUACCGGUAGCAAUGGCUAAUAGAAUGAGCAUGUUUCAUGGCACGACGGCGAGAGGGUGGAAAGGGAUGGACCCGUUUUACUUCUUUAUGAACCCAAGUCCAGCUUAUGAGGUCAAGUUCUUGAACAAGUUGCCUUACGAGUUGACAUGUGGUUCGGGGAAAACGAGUCAUGAUGUUGCGAAUUAUAUGCAGAGGACGAUUGGGGCUAGUCUGUGUUAUGAGUGCACAAGCUUCACUAGGAGGGAUAAGUACAGAGCACUUGCUGGAAAUGAUGGCAUUGUUGUUGACAAACCUAAGCUUGCAGCCAACAAAGUUAUGGGUUGCUAAUUAAGCCUAAGAGGGUGUUUCAAGGUCUAAACCAAGCAAUGUUCUUUGUUUUGUUUUUGU